UUGUUUUUAUAAAACCUGGGCCCAUAGAAACUUCGUCCAACAAAAAUCCAAGUAAUUCUUAUCAUCCAUCGCAUUUGUUAGAACGGUCCAAGUCAUGGUCCUCACAGACCCGAAAAAGGCUAAAGCCAUUGGCCCAGACCCUUGUAUCAAGCAAAGCCCGAUAUGCCUCUCUCAAUGGGUGCACGCUUGGACUGUGUUCCCUUCUUGGCUAUGACCCAGAAUCACCGCCCUAAGAAGCCCAACAACAAGAAAAACAUAGUUGGGUUUGGUGGAGGGAGGAAGGAGGUGCAGUGGAAGUGCAUUGAGGGUUGUGGCGCUUGCUGUAAGCUCGACAAGGGCCCUUCCUUUGCCACUCCUGAAGAGAUCUUCGACGACCCCCAUGAUGUGUCUCUAUACAUGAGUUUCAUUGGUCCAGAUGGGUGGUGCAUACACUAUGAGAAAACAACUCGAAAAUGCUCCAUUUACUCUGAGAGACCAUAUUUUUGUCGAGUGGAACCACAAGUAUUUCUCACCUUGUAUGGGAUAAAUGAGAAGAGAUUCAAUAAGGAGGCAUGUGGCUUCUGUAGGGACACCAUCAAAGAUAUUUAUGGGGCAAGGUCGAAGGAGUUGGAUAACUAUAAUAAUGCUAUUCGGAACUCAAAAGGCUAGUUAGAUUUUAGUCACAAAUUUCUCUUAUCUGAGAUGGAUGAAUUUUGGAGGACAAUGAAGUUUAUUAUUUACUCAGGCAAAACAGUAGUCUGUAGAUCUGCACAUACAUCUAGUUUCAAUUGGAUUAUUACAUUGGAUCCCCUGUUCUCCAGUAAGUUUUGAUUUCUGGAAGAGAAUUUACAAUGUAUGUAGUGUUUCUGACUUCUCUUUAUUGUUUGAAAUUCUAAUGCCAACUGCAUGUGUCAUGAGAUCACGCAGU